UCAUGGAUUUAGAUUUUAUUCUCUCCUCUGUUCAUCUCUCCGUUUACUACACAUAGCCUGAAGCGAAAUUACAAGGUUCGUCCUCUUCUUCUCUGUAUUUCAAAGAUGGCCUCCUUUGAUGGACCAAAGUUCAAGAUGACUGAUGGCUCUUAUGUUCAGACUAAGACCAUUGAUGUUGUAUCAUCAACAGAUAUCUCUCCAUACCUUUCACUUUUAAGAGAAGAUUCGAUCUCGAAUGGUAACCGAGCUGUGAUUUUCGAUGUGUGUUGGGACGUUGGAUGUCCUGAAACUGAAACCAAAACCAAAACGUCAGAGUGGAGUCUGUCAUCUGUGAAGCUGAGCACGAGAAACCUAUGUCUCUUCCUUCGACUACCUAAACCUUUUCAUGACAAUCUCAAGGAUCUGUACCGUUUCUUUGCUUCCAAGUUUGUCACUUUUGUUGGUGUGCAGAUCGAGGAUGACCUGGACUUGCUCAGAGAAAACCACAGUCUUGUGAUAAGAAACGCUAUUAACGUUGGGAAAUUGGCUGCCAAAGCCCGUGGUACUCUGGUGCUUGAGUUUCUUGGGACGAGAGAAUUGGCGCACAGGGUUUUGUGGUCUGAUUUGAGUAGGCUGGAUUCGAUUGAGGCCAAAUGGGAUGAGGCAGGGGCUGAAGAACAUCUUGAGGCUGCUGCCAUUGAAGGAUGGCUCAUUGUCAAUGUUUGGGAUCAAUUGUCCGAGUAAUUUACUACCUAUCUUUGUGCAUUUGACUUGUGAUUUUGCGACUCAAUGUAAGUGAUCCUUUUUAUGUUGUUUUGAUGUGAUCAUCAACUAUGAGUAAACAAAAAGUGGACAGUUUCCUAAUGAAUUCACUAAUGUGUAUGAAACAAACUAUGUUGGUUCUGCUUUUUCUGCUAAACUGAGAAUUUUGUU